AUGAAGUUCUCUCUCCCGCAAGUCACGGUCUUCUUCCUCGUACUUUUCAGUGUGACUGCCGUCAUCGAGGCAUCCACUCCUCCGGGCAGGUUCGAGGAAGCCCUCGAAGGUCUUCUCAGCCUUGCCGAUGAAACACGUGCUACUCGACCUCCUGCCAACGCCCGUCCUCAGGCUCCUCCUCAUCAACCUCAUCAGCGAGAGCCUCAGACUGAUCAAAUGUUGAGGAAACACAGUCGGGGCAGACAAGCAAGUGGCGAAAUCAUUAUUGUUUUAAAGGCUAAGUACAAAGUGACAUUGUGA